CGUGUUGAGGCAUCCGGGCUGACCAAGCUGUCUUUUGUCUCACCAGCAGAGACUGAUUUUUUUUCAUCCCUCAUUCACGGCCAUUGCGAUGGAGCCACGGAGGGAAGACGGAACGCUACAGUGAGGAUUUAGUACUCGAUGCUGAAACACCUCGUGAUGCUCCAGUGAAGAGGGACUACAUGCGACAUGGGGGGCAGGUGAAUUAUUGUAUUUGCUGGAAGGAGUCAGCGCGGCCGGAAGCGGAUGAUGGAGGGAUGGAGGGAGGGAGGGAGUGAGAGACUGGGAGACGCACAGCACUGAACAAUGAAACACUGGGGGUCAGAUGCAGGCUGCGCGUGAAAGGACUGUAUCCCGAGGAGCACGAUGCAACACUUUUUGCAACCAGACCCAUUUAUGAGUCGUAAUGGCGAGGGGACGUGAGUGAACAGGAGCGCGGUCCGUCUCUCUGGCUCUUCGUGGCAGGCGACAUGAUGGUGUGUUUGCGAUUCCACAGGAGUAAGUCGGUGUGGGCCGCCGUGUGUGUGCUCGUGCUCUGCUGGCUCUACAUCUUUCCUGUGUACAGGAUGCCGAGCGAUAAAGACAUCGUGGAAGAAGUGCUGCGCCAGGGCCAGGCAUGGACCAAGAACCAGACUGGGAUCGACCUAUACAGGAAGCUGGUAGCUGAAUGCUGUGACCCAAAGAGGACGUUUGCAUUGACCAAGGAGAAUUCACAGAUUGGCAAAGUCCUGUGGUAUGAUGGCGAGCUCUACCACUACCAUACAGUCAACAAUGACACCUACCCAUUAUUUAUACAGGAUAUUCCUUUUCAGCUGCCAUUGAAAAAGUGUGUGGUGGUGGGUAAUGGAGGAGUUCUGAAGAACAGCGGCUGUGGAAAAGAAAUCGACCAGGCCGACUUUGUAAUGAGAUGUAACCUACCCCCACUGUCUAAAGAAUAUACUCAUGAUGUAGGCAGGAAGACUCAGCUGGUGACAGCUAAUCCCAGUAUUAUAGAGAAGAGCUUUCAGAGCUUGCUGUGGUCUCGCAAGGCUUUCGUGGAAAGCAUGAAAGCUUAUGGCUCCAGCUACAUCUACAUGCCUGCCUUCUCCAUGAAGCCUGGCACAGACUUGUCCCUGCGUGCCUACCAUGCGCUGGCUGAUUCAGCGUCCAACCAGACAGUUUUGUUCGCCAAUCCAGACUUCUUAAAGAAUGUGGGACGCUUCUGGAAGCACCGUGGUGUACACGGCAGACGUCUUUCCACAGGCCUCUUCCUGGUGAGCCUGGCACUGGGAGUGUGUGACGAAGUGACAGCGUUCGGCUUCUGGCCUUUUGCACUGGGCCUCGACCAGCAGCCUGUCAGUCACCACUAUUACGACAACGUGCUGCCUUCAUCUAGGUUCCAUGCAAUGCCGGAGGAGUUCCUGCAGCUCUGGCAUCUCCACAAGAGCGGUACCCUGAGAUUGCGCCUGGGCCCCUGCACUCACUAAAAUACCACACAUAGGAUGAGGUAUUUUCUGUUUUUAUAUAAAUCUGCCACCCUCACCUACUCUUCAAAUUAGCAUGAGGUGAAAAGAGUGGCUGCAGCUCCUCCUCUAUCCCAAAACCCACCAAACUGAUUCCAUCCCUAGUGUCUGCUUGAUCCCUGUGGGUAGACAUUCAAUACCCCAACACACAAAGGUAUUCACACACACAGAAAGACACCCACACACUUUAUUUUUGGUUGCCAAGGGACUGUCUCAGUCUUGCCAAGAGUGGUGUGAGAGUGUAGAGUGGGGCAGAAGCGUGGGCUGGUAUAAAGCUAUAGCUGCAUUUACAGCAGCUGUUCUCCCAGAUCUUUUUUUCGUUUUGGAACCUGAAUGGGGGAAUAAGGAGGCAUAGAUGGAACAGGUAAUCAAAGACAUCUUAAAUGCUCUCUGAAAAAAGGAAAUGCAAUGAGAACAGCAGGAUUUUUGCCAAGACUACAUAUAGCCAUGACCAUAGUGGGUGGUGUUUAAUGAUGGCAAAAAAAUGACUUUUUUUCUUCACCUUUUUGUUGCAAUGUUUUGUGGAUAAAUAGUUUUUGAUGCAGAAAUGAAACAUGGGAAAGUAUUAUUCUAUUUAUAGUUAUUUUUUGUGUGAUAUUCACAAUGUUGAAGCUUACAGUUGCAAUCAAUAUUAUCCAGCCCCCAUUGCAAAUCAGGUUUAUUGUCAGAAUUUAUAGACUUUCAGCUGUUUGCAAUGAACAAAUCAAACAAAAGCAAUUGAAAUAGUUCAACACAACAAAUGCUUCAAGUGGUUUCCCCAAAUUCAACUGAAAAUGCAACUUAUAAUGAUUUCUUCAGUUUCAAAAUUAUUCAACCCCUUGCAUCUUUAGUACUUAGUAGAGCACCCUUUUGCUAUUAUGACCUGCUGCAAAUGAGAUGUAUAGCUUCUGGUAAUGUUCCUGAGGAAUCGUAGCUCAUUCUUCAUGAACAGUUCAGUAAUAUUCUUUGGAUUGCGUGCUGCAACCACCUUCUUCAAAUCCCACCAAAGAUUUUAUAUGGGGUUCAAGUCAGAUGACUGUGAUGGCCCUGUAGAAUCUUACAGGACUUCUUCUGCAACCAAGCUUUGGUGGAAUUUGAGGUAUACUUGGGAUCAUUGUCCUGUUGAAAGGUCCAUUGAUGCCCAAGCUUCAGCUUCCUCACAGACGGCAUGACAUUUUCUCCUUUGAUUUCCUGAUACUUCAAUGAAUCCAUUUUGCCUUCCACACGCUGCAGGUUUCCAGUGACAGAGGAUGCAAAGCAGCCCCAGAGCAUCACCGAGCCACCACCAUGCUUGACUGUGGACAGAGUGUUCUUUAUUCAUUCUUCUUCCUCGAGACAUACCGCUGAUCCAUCCUGCUGAAAAGUUCAAUCCACAGAACAGAAACCCAAAACUUCUGUGGAUUAUUAUAUAUCAUUUUGAGCCAACUUUUCUUGUGUUUUGGGGUCAGUAGUGGUGAACGUCUUGGAGUUCUGGCAUGGAAACCUUCUGCAUUUAGUAUUCACCUUACUGUGCUCACUGAAACCUCAGUGACUGUUAUCACCAGGUCUUGCAGCAGGUCUUCUGCAGUCACUCGAGGGUUUUUCACAACCUGCCUUCUCAGAAAUCUGCUUACAGCCAUUGACAGCUUCCUUUUUCUGCCAUGUCCAGGUAUUUCAUAUAUUUUCUUCCCCUUGCCAGUUCAGGUAUUUCAUGUGUUUCAGCUCAAGCACACCUGGUGCAACUAAUGAUACUGAUACACCUGUUUGCAUAUUUGUGUUGUUGUGAGGGAUUCUAUUCAGGGGAUUGAAUAAUUUUAAAACUGGAGAAAUGUAAGUUGCAUUUUCAGUUGAAUUUGGGGUAACCGCUUGAAGCAUUCGUUGUGUUGAACUAUUUCACUUGCUUUUGUUUGAUUUGUUCAUUGCAAAUAAACAAAAGCAGUACACCUGAUUUGCAAUGUGGGUUGAAUAAUUUUGAUUGCAACUGUAGGUCCUUCUUCAAAGGGGAACUCUGAACAUUUGGGUGUUAAACGAAUGUAUUGUCAAUGCACUGCUGUACAGCCUCAAUGUGAAUAUCAGUUCAUCUUUAAUUCCAAUGUGUCACUCAUCAAAUGGAAUGGUUACAAACGCAGUAAACCAUGCUUUGUCAUCUUCAGUCCACCAUCAGAAACCAAAAGGAAAAUAUCAGGCAUCAUCUACUUCUCAGUUUUGCAUCAUGAGCACAUUUGUGAAAGCCCAUUUUGAUAAUUACUGACGGAUUAUGUGCCAGUGGAGGUGAUGUGACUGUCUUUACAUCUUCUGUGAACUGCUGUCUUUAGUAUCUUCUGUGAAAUAUAGUCUUGCUUUGAUAGUGUGAGUGAUUUUAUUUUUUUAUGAUAAAAAACCUGCCAUUGGUUCUAGCAUCUGUCAUUGGUUACUACUGGGGCAUAAGUGCUGUCUGCAACUGCUCGGGUGCUGGACACCUGGUCCUGGACUGCAGUCUGUACAUAAAUGUAAUGAUUCCUCUGAAUGUAAAGGAUGUUUUGGGUUAUAUGUCCUAUCAAGUUACCUUCCUGUAAAACCUGAAUUUUAUCUGGCUUUGUCGUCUUAUAAGCAAACUAAAGACAACAUUUACUUUAGUUUUGAUAUAUCACUACUCAUAUCCUCUGAAAACCUUUGGAAGGACUUAAAAGAAUGUGGUUGACGUAAAAGGCAUCAGCACUGUUUAACAUGCAUCAUUAUUAUGAAUCAUUUUCAUGAUCAUAAGGGUUACUAACUCAAAGAAUGAAAUGUAUACACAUUCAUAGAUGCUUGGGGUUUGCUCAAGGCCAAGCAUGUAUCCGUCCUCACUGUCUCUAUUCCAUCUGUUCACAUUCCUUGAGAGGUCGAGUGCCUUUUUAAUGUGAAAGGAGAAAAAAGGAAAAAAGAGACACCAGCAGCAGUAGAUAAUGACUACGUAUUACUCUUGCCUUCACGCUUUUGUUCCUCAUUUGCAAUUCUCCAUCUUGAUAUAAAACCAUGGGUGUUUCAAGAAGUCUUAUCAGAAGCUGGUUACAAAUGGACCAAGUUGAGAGUCCACCUUGUUGUCACUCAGUUGCCAUUUGAAGGUAUGUCUUGUAUAAUUAUAAUAACUGGGAGAAACUUUAGAAAAGACAGUGGGCAUUUGAAUUUAUGUUAUUUGCACCUUUGUCCUGUUCAGUAUUGUGAAUGACUGAGACUAGUGCUUGUAUAGCAGCCUGCAUGACUGUAGUAUGUGUAUUUUAAUUAUGAAACUGAAUUUUGUUUUUUUAAUGAUUAUAAUUUUAUUAAUCUUUCUGCCCCUUUGCUUUCUGAACCAUGUUAAGCUGUGUACCCAAAGUGUAACAGCACUUACCUCAGCCAUUUGUUCUCACUGGCAAUUCCCGAAGAUAAUCUUAUGAAACAAAUACGGAAUACGUAUCGAUUCAGGGCAGAAUUUCUUUGAAAAACAUGGCUCCUUUUACUGUUACAGUUGUUGAGUAGGUUAUAAUUUGCCCUUUCUUUUCUGGCUUGAAAAGGAACUGAAAAGUAGUGUGUAUACUUUAUGUAAUGUCGAAGAUUUUAAAUAGAAGUUAAAAAGCUGAAACUGAAAAACAGACUCUGAACCAGUCAGUGAGAUCUUCUAUAUUUGAGCAUGUCCUACUGAAAAAAUGGGAAGAAGAAGAACAGUUUGCACUGAACAACAUUUUUGUGACAGUUGGGUUAUGAAAAAAAAAAAUCUAGUAAUUAAGUGAUCUGUGUUUAAAGUGGUGGGAAAGAUUGUGAAAGGAUGUAAUAAAGUAACCAAGUUUCAACUGUC